UAUCUCAGCAGUGUUUCACAAUCCAAGGACAAAAUACCCUUCUGUUUUGUGAGAGUGUGACCUGUCAUUGGCGUAUUGUUCGUGAAAUUUAUUUUGCUUUUGUCCUCUGUUCGGGUAUUGAAUUGGUGGGGGUUCGAUCCACACAAGAGAAACAUAAAUAAAUUGGGCAUAUUCCUUCUAAAAAGUAGUGUCUCCCACAUGCAUUUCUUCUGGGAGCCGAAGGGAGGAGGACGCUUGUUUUCCUUGAUGGAAUGAGGUCAUCCAAAAAAGCGAUGCUUUGGUGGUAAAACAAAGGAUUUCUAUUGAGAUGGGCAGAUGGAUGAAGCAGCCACUUCCAGACUGGGUUCAGGUUUUCCAGAAUCCAGGCUAGGGUCUCACACCAUUCUGUCAUCACUGGUCUAUCAGUACAUUAGGGUAACUCUAACCCACAAUUAUAAUGGUUUUUAGGGGAAAUAACAAUUGUAAAUUCUUUGCAUAUGCCUAUAAAAGUUGCUUCAUCUCUUGUUCAGUUCAAGGACUCCCUUCAUUGUCUGGGACACCCUCUUGCUUGCCUUCCAAGUUCAUUGCUUUCCCGGUUUCACUAGAGCUUCAUGAUGCUUUACUGGGAUGAAGCAUGAAAAUACAAGUAGAGACUUUCCACUCUGGAAGAUGUUCAUUCAAUGUUUUGCUCCUGAAAAAGCACCACACAUGAAUAGGCGCUGAUAGGUGCACACAGAGGAAAUCUGACAGCAGCUGCUGCUGAGGUUUGUAUAGUUGCUUUUUUGCCUGCAGGAGUUUUCUAUGGUCCUUCAGAAGGAACUUGUCAUGUAUUUCAGUUAAAAUAACAACACAGAGGGUGUAUCAAACACAUCUAAACUUCCUGUGACUCCUGUUGAUGAAGGAGCAUUCUUCCUGGCUUACAGCACAGCUUAACCUCUGUCGAGACUGCCACCCUGACAAACGACCAGGAAUGUUACUUCAGAAUAAGGGUGGAUGAGCCAAAUCCGAGUGCGCAGAGACUCAUGUGCAUACAUGAGUACAUAUAGCGUGGUUACCACCUGAGGGCAGAAUUAAGGUGAUGUUUACUGAGCAAAACACAGGCUCUGCUGCACGCAGACGCUUCAGCCACCAUGAAGACAGCAGGCGUGUUGCUGCUGUUUGCUCUAGCCCUUUGCUGCAUCCCAGAUUGUACCUAUCUACAGGGCUACUGCAGGAACUACGUGGUACCCAGCAAUGUCUGCACUAUGGAAUACGUCCCCCACUGUGGGUCUGAUGGUGUAACAUAUGGCAAUAAAUGCUUAUUCUGCAAUGCAUUCCUGAGAAGCCGUCGGACUCUUCGCUUGAGAUCUCUUCGAAAGUGUUAAUUUCUCGACAGGCUUCAGCUCAUAAAGAGGAAUCCUCCCUGGCGCCAUUCCCCAUGGCAGAUGCUCCCCUAAAGCCUUGUCCUGAACCUUGAAAGCUCCUGUUGAAUCCUGAAAACCUCUGCUUAAUAAAAAAGCCAUCAGCAUUUA